GUACAAGUAGUCAACAUUUUCAGUAGGUUCAACACCUUCUUUUACUAUUUUAAAAAAUAUUAUUUAUUUAUUUAUUUUCAAAUAGUACCUUUAUUUUUUGAAAGUGCCUGGUAAAAGUGGACCUUUUUCUUUGUGUCCAACAGCAGUAAAGGACGAUGGCUUCCGCUGAACCGCACUAUGACACACCAGAUGAGCAGGAAGAAGAAAAGCUGAAACACAAGGAAGUCCAGAUGAGCAGCAGCGCUAACUGUGGAGUCGGUGUUGAUGUGAACGCUGAAACAGGAGCAACUGUAAAUGCUCCUUUACUCACUGGAAACACCAUGACAGGCCCAGUGACCUUCAUCUACAACUCUGCAGGAAAUGAGACACAAAAAGCCUCAGAGAGAGAGCCAGAGAAGAACACAGUAGAUCAAGAGGACAGUAAAGCUGCUCAUCAUGAUUACACAGCGACCAGCCGCAGACUGAAGAUCAAAUUAAAACAGGAGUGUGAGCGAAUAUUGGUUGGUAAUUCUCAGACGGGUCAUCAGAAAUACCUAAACGAUAUUUACACUGAUCUAUAUGUGGUGGAGAAUGAGACUGGAGGAAUUGUGAGUGAGCAUGAGGUGAGACAGAUCGAAUUCAAACAAUUUGAUGCCAAGGACACACCGAUCCAGUGCAAUAAUAUUUUUAAAGUCAAUAAUGGUCGACGAAACAGAAAAGUGCUGACAAUGGGCAUCGCAGGGAUAGGAAAAACGGUGUCGGUCAAUAAAUUAAUCCUUGAUUGGGCUGAAGGAAAAGAAAAUCAGGAUAUUGCCUUAAUUUUUCCUCUUCCGUUCCGUCAGCUAAAUUUGAUCAGAAAUAAUUUCAGUCUAAUGGGACUGCUUCACAAAUACUUCUUUAAUGAUCCUAAAGAACUGCCCUGUCUUCCUGAAGGUGAUGGAAAAAUCAUGUUCAUCUUAGAUGGGCUGGAUGAAUGUCGCUUCCCUUUGAGCUUUAUACAGGAUGACAGAUUUACAGAUGUUCACAAAAAAACAACAGUGAGUAAAAUGAUUACAAGCCUAAUCAAGAAACAUCUUGUUCCCUCUGCUCUCAUCUGGAUCACAUCCAGACCAGCAGCAGCCAGUCUGAUACCCCGAAACUACAUUGAUCAGGUGACUGAAGUGCGCGGAUUUAACGAUGAACAGAAAGAGCAAUACUUUAACAGAAACAGCAGUCCCGAGGUUGCUGGAAACAUCAUCAGUCACAUCAAGAAAUCCAGGAGCCUGUACAUCAUGUGCCAUAUCCCCGUCUUCUGCUGGAUCUCUCUCACUGUUCUUAAGCCUCUAUUGGCUCGAAAGAGUGAUGACAAAACACCAACAACUCUCACAAGGAUGUACACAAACUUCUUACUUACUCAGCAGCAACAGAUGGAAGAAAAAUACAGUUAUAAUCCUGAACCUAAAGCCAACGGCAGGUCUUUUGAUCAGGUUAUUCUGAAGCUUGGGAAACUGGCCUUUCAACAGCUGGAGAAAGGAAACCUGAUUUUCUACAAAGAAGAUCUUGCGAAAUGUGGACUAGAUGUCAAUGAAAAGACGAUAUUCUCUGGGUUAUGCACUCAGAUCUUUCAGGAAGAAAAGGCUAUUUCAGCAAGAAACGUUUACAGCUUCAUACAUCUCAGCAUCCAGGAAUUCCUUGCUGCUCUUUAUGUGUUUUUGAUUAGCCAAGAAAAGAAAAUGAACCCAUUUCUUGAAUCCUGGAGAGAAAAACUGAAAUGGAAUUUCUCCAAAAAGCCACUGUUCAAACUUCAUAAGGCUGCAGUCAACAAGGCUGUACAAAGUGAGAACGGACACCUGGACCUUUUCCUCCGGUUUCUUCUGGGUCUCUCACUGGAGUCCAAUCAGAGUGACCUGAAGGAACUCCUGCCAAAACUGAAACUGAAAUCAGAGAACGUUGAAGACACAGUUGACUAUAUCAAACAAACAAUAGAGUUGGAGAAAUCAGUAGAGAGGACCAUCAAUCUCUUCCACUGUCUGAGUGAACUGGAAGAUGACUAUGUGGAGGAAAUCCAGAAGAAUCUUAGCUCAGGAAAUCUUUCAGCACAGAAUCUCUCCUCUGCUCAGUGGUCUGGUCUGGUGUUUGUGCUCCUCAUGUCAGAAGAGACGCAAGAGAAGUUUGAACUGCAGAAGUACAGAAGAUCUGAUGAAGCACUGAUGAGACUACUGCCAGUGAUCAAAAACACCAGAAAAGCACUGCUGCAGUGGUGCAAUCUGACUGUUCAGUGUUGUAAGAGUUUAUCUUCAGCUCUACAAAACUCUGCCCUGAGAGAGCUGGACCUGAGUAACAAUGAUCUGCAGGAUUCGGGAGUGAGGCUGCUCUCUGAUGGAUUGAAGAGUUCAAACUGUCAGCUGGAGAUACUGAGAUUGUCUGGCUGCAUGGUGACAGAGGAAGGCUGUGGUUAUGUGUCUUCAGCACUGAGUUCAAACCCCACACACCUGAGAGAGCUGGAUCUGAGCUACAAUCACCCAGGAGAUUCAGGAGUCAAGCUGCUCACUGAUAAACUUAACCAUCAAAACUGCACACUGGAUAAACUCAAUGUGGAUCAUGGAGGAGAGAUCAGGAUUACAGCAGGAGUACGCAAAUAUUCCCAUCAGUUCACUCUGGAUCUGAACACGGUGAAUAAACGCCUCCGUCUGUCUGAAAAUAACAGAGUGAUUACUGACACUGGCACACUCCAUUCGUAUCCUGAUCAUCCAGACAGAUUUGAUCAUCUGUUUCAGGUGUUAUGUAGAGAGAGUGUGUGUGGACGCUGUUACUGGGAGAUUGAGAGGAGUGGAGAUGAUGUGUAUAUAUCAGUGUCAUAUAAGAGCAUCAGCAGGAAGGGAUCGGGUGAUGAGUGUGUGUUUGGAUAUAAUAAUCAGUCAUGGAGUUUGUUCUGUUCUUCAGACAGUUGUGUAUUCACACACAAUAACAGAGGGACUAAACUCCCUGUAAACUCCAUCAUCAGCAGGAGAAUAGGAGUGUAUGUGGAUCACAGUGCAGGAACUCUGUCCUUCUACAGCGUCAAGAGAAACACAAUGAUCCUCAUCCACACAGUCCAGACCACAUUCACUCAACCACUCUAUCCUGGGUUUGGGGUUGGUUAUAAAUCAUCAGUGAAACUGUGUUGAUGAAUCAGAUCAGUGGUAGAAACUGUCUACAGUCUAUUCUAUCUAAAUGACUGAAUCGCUCAUGACAUAAACAAGUCAGUAUUUUUAAAGCUAAAGUCUUCCUGUACAUGUAUACAACACAAACAUCCCAAACAUUUAAAUUUUUUUAAAUUUAAAUUAAAUUCAGCAAUUUCCCCUGCUUAUUAAAAGUUAUGUUCCUCUUCAGUACAGUAGCCGUGGGUGAACUUUAUCAUUCAACUGAACGGUGCACAUCCAUUUCAGACACAGCCGACAUUAUGUUCUUUCUCCAUCCAUGCAGUAAAUGCACAUCCCUGAACUUCUCAGGUAAUAUCUAUGGUUUGACCCAUUUGAGAGGCGCCCAAAAUCAGAGUUUAAAUGCACUGAUUAAAAGUGUGACGUGCGAUGCCGUGCUCACUGACAUGAAUGCGUGAGAAUUAUGGUCACCCUUGACUCAAUAAACACUGUAUUUAUAUACAGU